UUAUUUCAAAAUAGAAAACUCAUAAAAUAAAUAAACAAUAAAAAUUAAUUAAAAUCAGUGAACCAUACUCGUAUAAUUGAAACAGUUGAAAAUAAUUAAGAUAUAACGAAUGAGAUUUUCCAGCUGACAACAAAAUGUCUAAAAAACCACGAGGGAAUAUUCACAAAAUUCGAGAAUUCGAGUUGGAAAAAAUCAACUUGGUGGAUGAGUUCGAUAUAUUGCAAAUAGUUGGUGAAGGAUGGUUUGGAAAAAUUUUACUAGUCGAGCAUCGCGCCUCUCAGACCGAAAUGGUAUUAAAAGCGGUACCAAAGCCCUAUGUAUCUCUACGUGACUUCUAUCGUGAGUUUCAUUAUGGGCUGCAUCUAGGCAUACAUAGAAAUAUAGUAACUACAUAUGAUGUGGCAUUUGAGACGGCCGGCUUCUAUGUAUUCACACAGGAAUAUGCACCAUUAGGUGAUCUUACAUCCAAUGUGACUGAUACUGGAGUCGGUGAGGUAUACAGUAAACGUGUAGCUAAACAGGUUGCUUCAGCUUUAGAUUAUAUGCAUUCAAAAGACAUUGUGCACAGGGAUGUGAAAUUAGAUAAUGUACUCAUAUAUCGCUCGGACUUUUCACGAGUAAAAUUAUGUGAUUUUGGUGAAUCGUUUCAAUCCGGAACUCUGGUUGAAAGGCGUAACGAGUGGUUGCCUUAUAGUCCGCCUGAAGUAUUAGAAGUAAAGCCAGAAAGUACCUACAGCGCUGAUCCGAAUCACGAUGUUUGGCAAUUUGGUAUUGUCAUAUUUGUUUGUUUAACUGGUUGCUUACCAUGGCAAAAAGCUGGAUCGGAUGACCCACGUUACAUGCGGUAUAUAGCUUGGCAUGGCUCUAUGAUGUUGCCAAUGCGAAGAACACCAAAACUGUUUAAACUUUUGUCAUCGCGUGCCCAACGUAUGUUUCGACGCUUUCUAGAACCGCGAGCUGACAGACGUCCAAAAAAUUUUACGGACUUAGCCAAAUUCCUAGAUGAUCGAUGGCUGGCCAAAAGUGCUGAAAAAGAGAUGGCUGAAUAUGAAACAGAUGAAUUAUGUCCAUCAAUGUAUUCGUUUCACAGCAGUCCCGAUGAGAAACAUCGUCUUUUAUACCAUUUAGCUGAUUGUGGUAUCGAAACAAAUGUAGAUAGACAAACCAAAAAGAAUCGUAUAAAAGAUUGGAUAGAGAACUCUGUCAUUACUGAAGAAGAUGAGGAAGAAAUUGAGGAUACAAAUUCAACAUCACCAUCAUCAUCUAUUUCGCGUGAACCUGUUCCAGGCCAUAUAUCAUCAAUUAAAAACACAAUCAACACAGAAAAAACCAAAGAUAUUAAAACAACACUUAAGGAUGCAGCACAAAAACAUUUCGAUCCACGCACAGGUGCACUACAACAAGGUCCUAGUGAAAUGGGUGUCACUGUAUCUGCACCAAAGUCAUUAAGUCCAUCAAUGUCUACAUUAAAUAAUGCAGAUAGUAUGUGUGGCAGUAUACUAACUCUUGGUUCUCGUCAAGACUUAAUAUCGAGCAACUUACAAAUGUAUAACUACAAUUCCGAUGUCAAUCUUAACCGUUUAGGUGAGCCCAUCAAUACAAUGCACAGCUUUCUUAAUCCAACGCUUAGUAGCGCUGAUAUAUUGAAUCAGAAAAAUGAAUCUUUAUAUAUUACUAAUACUAAUAAUAAAUCUGGCACAUCUAACCAAAUAAAUAGCAGAGGAAAUAUGAGGAAUAUUCAGCGUUCGAAGUCCGAUUCAGUAAGAACAGCAUUGUAUGCUAGUUCGCCAUCUAUAAACACCACAACUUAUUUGCCUAACAAUGUAACUAAUCAGCAAGGUAAUAGCUAUUACAAUAAUGCAACUACGGUGGAAGCACCGAACGCAAAUGCUAACCAAACUUUUGGUUCAAAUAAUAAAUCUGUCACUUUUGCUGGCCUAACUAACGCCUUUCAAUCGCUUGCGCAAAUUUCUUUGCCACCAAAUGCAACAACACAACAACAACAAAUGCCUUCAAAAGUAUUUAAUCAAUCAUUAUCUGAUUCUACAGUUAAAGAUAGUGCGUAUGGUUCUAUUGACACCAAUGGCAGUCCCGCGAGAAAUUCAAAUAAUUAUGAAUCAAAUGGAAAUAUACAAAAUAACAAAAUGGAUGUUCCACAACAAAAUAGUGCCGUUCGCACCCAGAAUUCUCAACAACAACAGCAACAACAACGGAUCUAUAGAGGUGCUGUUACUUCUACUAUGAAGGACACAGCUUACGAUCGUGUCGUAGUAACAAAUAAUGCCAAAAAGAGAAGAUGAAUGUUAUACAGUGUUUUUAUUUUGUAAUUUGUAUCCUAUUAAAUACUUUACGUAUAUAUUAUUUAUUAAAG